CAAAGGAAAUAAGCGGCACUACCAUCGCGCUGACCACGAGUCAGUGAAUGUUUACUCUGGUCUGUGUCACUGCUUUUGUGUCGAACAUGCAUCUUAGUGGUCUCCUAGUGGAAUAUGUAGACCUGAAGACCUCGCUGGUCCUUCUCGUCGUAUUCCUUCUACUCGUCGACUAUCUGCAGAAUCGAAAACCUUCCAAUUACCCUCCUGGACCGAUGCCACUGCCUUUCUUCGGGAACCUCUUCAACAUCGAUUCCAAACAACCACAUAUUUACCUGACCAAGUUGGCAGAUGUUUAUGGAAGUGUCUUCUCACUGCGUCUCGGUCGAACACAAACGGUGUUUGUCAAUGGCUACAAACUGGUGAAAGAGGCCCUGGUGGGGCAGGCUGACAACUUCGCUGACCGCCCUUUCAGCCCACUGAAUGACAGAAUCUACUCAGGGGAUGGAGGGUUGUUCUUCAGUAACGGGUCGAAGUGGAGAAAGCAUCGGCGUUUCAUUCUGACCACCCUGAAGAAUUUCGGCAUGGGCAAGAGCAGUCUGGAGGACGCCAUUGGACAGGAGUGCUACUGCCUCCAGAGGGAGAUGGAGACUCAGAAAGGUCAGGCAUUUGACCCCAGAGCGCUUUUGACGAGUGCUGUGUCGAACAUCAUCUGUCAGCUGGUGUUUGGGCGGCGAUACGACUACGCUGAUGACACAUUCCAGAAGAUGCUGGUGCUGUUGACUGAAGCCAUUCACCUUGAGGGAACAGUGUGGGGAGAGAUGUAUGAUGCCUUCCCCUCCAUCAUGAAGCACCUGCCUGGUCGUCAUAACGACAUCUUCAGCAACUAUGGGCACAUCUGUGACUUCAUCAAGGAGGACUUGGACCGACACAAGCAGAACCACGACCCCUCAGACCCGCGAGACUACAUGGACACCUACCUGACAGAGAUGAACAAGGGAUCAGGGGACUCUGCUGACGGCUUUGAUGAGGUCGGCCUGGUUCUGAACUGUCUGGACCUGUUUGCUGCCGGGACUGAGACCUCGUCCACCACCCUGCAGUGGGCUCUGAUCGCCCUCAUGAAGUACCCCCACGUACAGGAGAAGGUGCAGGCUGAAAUAGACAGUGUGGUGGGACAAUCCCGUCAGCCCAGCAUGGCUGAUAGAGCCAGCAUGCCCUACACGGACGCCGUCAUCCAUGAGGUGCAGAGGAUGGGAAACAUCGUACCCCUGAACGGCCUACAUAUGGCAGAGAGAGACACCACACUAGGCGGCUACUUCAUCCCCAAGGGUACAGCUGUGAUGCCCAUGCUGACCUCCGUGCUAUUCGACGAGACGGAGUGGGAGACGCCACACGAGUUCAACCCAGGACAUUUCCUGGACGCAGAGGGCAAGUUCAGGAGGCGAGACGCAUUCAUGCCUUUCUCUGCAGGUAAGCGUGUGUGCCUGGGGGAGCAGCUGGCUCGUAUGGAACUCUUCCUGUUCUUUGUGGCGUUGCUGCAGAAGUUCAGCUUCUCCACCGAGGAGGGGGCGGAGCUCAGCCUGGAGGAGGGGUGUGUGGGCAUCACACACACCCCACACCCCUUCAAGAUCUACGCACACCUACGCUGAACACACACCCCAACACACACACCACAUCUCUUCAAGAUCUACACACAUCUACGUUGAACACACACCCCAACACACACACCACAUCCCUUCAAGAUCUACACACAUCUACGCUGAACACACCCCCAACAAGGAUACAGUACACCAGUGUUUCGUAGCCUCUUAAUGCGCGCCGUACCUCCUGUGGCACGGUGUAAUAGACAUUGGAAGUUAACUACUAUAGUACUACACUACUAUGACAGUGCAUCGGGUCUUUAGUAAUACAUUACGACUUGGUCAUUGCCAUUCUGGUAACAGCUAAUUUAUAAUGCCGUGUCUUAAGGGGUUAACUGGUGGGUCGGGACCCAAAAAUGGGUCGGAAAAUGGUCGCGGAGUGGGUCGCGGAGCUGCUGUCUAAAAAAUAUAGCCUAUGAAUUCACCAUUUCAUUGACAGUCACAAGAUGUCAAGAUCUAAUGUGUUGGCUCCUCUCAUUUCACCAACCCAAGUUGUAUUUAGGUCGAGUCAAGUAUAUACUGUAAUAGGCUACUUUAUUAUCCUAUUCUUCUGUGACUGACAUUACACGCAGAAUUUGAAAUGUUUGAAAGUUGGUUGAUUACUGCCAUUGUUGAUCGAUUUUUUUUAAAUCUUAUUCACAAUGUACCAAGUGUCCCAACUUUUUUAGAGUCUGGUUUGCAUGUAACUAUUGAAAAUCUACCUCCUUCACAGUAUUAGUCUGAAAUAAUAUACAGUAUUGUGGUCAGGGAUAAUUCUUGUAUCAGUUGUGUUAUGAAUGUAGGCCUAAAUAACUUGAAACUUUAAGGUGCACUAUGUGAUAUUUUUUAGCAGUUUCUUUCUGGGAUUCAUGCUUCCCAAUAUGUGAAAAAUGUUAUCUUUUUCACAAAUACCACCACCAUCAAAGUCCAAGUAUUUAUUAUGACUGGGGAAAAUUGAACUUUUCAUACAUGAAAAGGUGGAUCUUUUCCAUGUCCGCCAUUUUGAAUUUCUAGAUUCACACAUUUUUAGCUGCAAAAUUUACUGCAAUUUAGUGUAUUUGGUCACACUAGUAAAUAUUAGUUCAUUUUUUUUAGUAAAUGUUCAUGUUUGAUUUUGUGGGGGUGGGAGUAAAUAAGCAAUGGCUUCAUCCCACUCCUUUUCAGUUACA